GUCACACAGUGAAAGUGAAAGACUCAACGUGUCGAUUCUUGUUGUAGUAGAAUUUCGCGUUCGGUGUUUGCAAAGUGCAAUGGGAUUUUCCUGUGAAAUUAUUUUCCCGUAUAACAGGGCCGAGCUGUUUUAUUGUGGUGAACGGCUGCACUUAUCCGUCGAGCUCUCAUGUCACAAAGCAAUGUGGAUUAAAGAACUUGCGUUGGGUGUAUCGUGCGAAAACCAGCAGAAUACUGAAACUAGCAUGUUUGGCCACUACAUCGACGAUCCGGAUAACGAUUCCGUUAGGAAUCAAACCCGGAAUAAUACAAACAAAUCGGAGACCACAAUAGGAUUGCUAGGGGAAAACGAAACUGCAAUCAAGCUAACACGUGGAACCUACAUAUUCAAUAUGGAAUGUCACUUGCCCGAAAGUAUCGCCGAGGAUAUCAGCGAUGAAAACCAUCAACUCGAUUACAUUUUCACGGUGAAGGUCCGGAAAGUGCUGAAAAAAAAUCUCAAACAGCACAAGUCAAUCUCCGUUCACCAUCUGCUUCUACGGUACCAUCACCGAAAAGUACCCUUUGUGUGGCCAGGACAAUAUUGUUACAUUUCGAAUUUUUCCUUCUGCUCGGCCACCAUCAGCUGCGAUUAUGUGGCGAACAUUGACCGAUCCAACAAUCGACUCCAGUCGUCGGAUGACGCCGAUGACAGUUUAGAGAAUUGGUUGGAUUCUGUUCUGGAGAAACCGAAACCUCCGGAUGAUGAAGAGUGAUCAGCGAACGGAAGUUGUGAGAUGAAUCUCGUGUGGAACCAGAAGACUGAUUUGAUAAGCUUAGGUAUAUUUAUACGGAAACAGAAAAUGUGAUAACUAGGAUAACCAUCACUGCUUUUUUAUAGUAUGAACUUAGUUGAAUAUUUGAGAAAUGUUAAAUGUUAUAGCAUUUUCAGUAAUAUGUAUAUGUAUUAUAAAUCAUAAAUUUUAUAUACGUAUACAAGAAGAUUUGUAGAAUUUAUUUUGGUUAAUCGUGACAAUUUCUCUUAUAAAAAAUGAUUAGAAUAAUGCGAGUAUUUUACCCAACAUUAAGAUAACUUUAUAAAUUUAUUUAGAUAAUUGUAAAACUUAAAUAAUAAACUCUUGAUUUAAUGUAGCAUUAAAUAAAUAAAUUUGUGAUAACAGAUCAAUCGAUUGUAGGUUUGCCCGGUCACACAUAGCAGGCCUGUAUAUUUGCUUAAAAUUUGCUUUACGUUGAAGAUAAGGGACUCACUACUGCCAAAUACUUCACUGUUUGCCUCAAUCUCAUAAAACAUCCCACUUGUUUUUCCAGAAGAAGAAAAAAACUGCUCUCUUGUCUAUUGCAGAAAUUUGUCAACUACAAAAAUGGAACAAUUCUCUCACGUGUAAAACUCGCAUUAUGUUCGCAUGUCGUUUGGAAUUCAAUCAGAAUCAAAACAAUGUACUUAAUCCGAACAGAGAUCAUACGGCAGGUUUCUGCAUCAAUAUUCAUCGAUUCUGAUCAUUUUCACACAAAACUUUAAAAACCUUCCUGCUUUCUUAAGAA